AUGUGCGACCCUAACUACAGGAAGAACAUGGCAGUGCCACCUCGACCAGUGGACGCCUCCGGAAGUACAGUAGGAAUGGUGUCAUCACAGUCGGUUAUGAUGUGCGACAAGGAUUCAUUGAGCGGGAGCGAGAUAAAUGAGAGAGAAGUAUACUUGCAGAACUUUCGCACCUUUGUCGUGAAAGAUAACAGCUCAAGAUAUGUCCGAGGGAUUCUCGACGGAGGCAGCCAGCGAUCCUUCGUCACGGAAGAGCUCGUCAGGAAGUUACACCUGCAGGUACUGGGAGAAACACGCAUUGCACUGAACACGUUUGGCUGCGCAUCACCAAGUACUGCGGAAAGACGGAAGGUUGUAGAAGUUCCCCUGCGCAGCCAGCACUCUUCCAACACCCGCAUAGUGCGUGCAAUUGUUGUCCCAGUUAUUUGUCACGACAUUGCUUCCCCGAAAGCUGACAGCCACUUCCUUCAGAACCUGCGGCUCGAAGGGAAAUUCAUCGCGGACGAAAAGAAGUUCGACGCCGAGACGGAAAAUGGCCUCAGCUUGCUGAUAGGAGCUGACCAUCUUUGGCAAGUAAUGUCUGGAGAAAUCGUUAAGAGCGCAGAAGUUCCAGGACUGGUAGCGAUCGACACAGCGUUUGGAUGGACGCUACAAGGACCCAGUCAGCAAAAAGCCUUUCUGGACUGCGACUCCAGCCUCAUGGUCUACAUUCUAAAAGUACAAGCAAUUGGUGAUGACGAAACAAUCUCAUCCACAACAUUCCAUGAAGGUCUGCGCAUCUAUGAACAGUCAAAGGCAAUCAUGAGAGAUGCAGGCAUGAACCUCAGAAAGUGGAAGACCAAUAACCAUCAGCUGCAGAACAUUUUCGACAACCAGGAGGAGCAAGUAGAAGGAGGAUCCAGAGAAGCAGCUGCGGUCUUGGGAAUGCAAUGGGAUAUAGAAAAGGACUACUUCAAGUUUUCUUCCAAAUCUGUGGCACAAUAUUUAGUCGUUGGCCAGCCCGACACGAAACGCCGUUCCUGGGAUGAUCAAUUACCCGAGGAGAUCAAGACGCAGUGGACAGCCUGGUGUGCGGACGUGAUUCAGCUUGGCCACAUAAAGAUUCCGCGCUGCAGAGCAUCACGGGACCUCAGGAACAUCUGGAAUGUCGUGAAGAGCUCUCCGUUCGCGUCUUUCCUACUGACCCAUCGCAUCGAAUGGAAGUUUAUCGUUCCGGGUGCACCUUGGUGGGGUGGUUGGUGGGAGAGGCUUGUCCGAACAGUGAAGUCAUCGUUGCGCAAGGUGAUGGGAAAGAGCAAACUCACCAGCGAACAAACCGAGACGAUGCUACUGGAGGUUGAAGCAGUUGUUAACUCAAGACCAUUGACCUACACGUACACGGACGCCAAAGAGCCUUCUCCGAUAUGUCCGGCGCAUUUUCUUGUUGGACCUUCCUUGUUAGAUUCUCCAGAGCGGCCCAACAAUGACUAA